GAUCACAGAGUUAAAAGUACAAUUCGAUCAAAUAACGAACGAAUAGUAAGUUCUAAAAAUUUAUAAAAUCAUCAUGUUCAAGUUUGUGACUUUGUUGGCUCUUGUGGCUUGUGCUGCUGCUGCUCCUGCACCUGCACCAGGAUAUCCAAUUGCAUACCAUGCUGCUCCUGUAGCAUACCAUGCUGCUCCGGUAGCAUACCAUGCUGCCCCAGUAGUGCACGCAGCUCCUGCAGUCUACCAUGCAGCUCCAGUUAUUGCUUCAGAACCACUUGCAACCAGUCACGCCAGCUUAUACAAAGUUGAUAAAUCUACAAAAUACGUCGCUCAUCAACCACUCGUCACCUAUGGUCAAGCAUACACCUACGCAGCUGCUCCAUUGACCGCCGUCCAGUACGUUCACUAAAUAAUUAAACCAACGCGAAAUUUUGUUUAUAAUUCUAUAUGAUAAAUCAAAUUUUAUAAAUAAAAAAUAAAAUGAAAUUUAUAUUUCUUCAACAUUAAAA